GCCUUUCCUAUUCCUGACUUGAGAUUCGAACACAGCUUUAGAAAUGCUUUGAAUAAAUACGCUGCUGCCGAAGCUGCAAAAAAGGCAAAGAUCCAAAAGCAAAAUCUCUCCUUGCAAGCUGCAGACAAUAUCGAGCCAAUUCCAGUCAUAACUCCAUCCAUUAUAUUAUAUGCCAUUGUUAAAGAUCAGAUGUUGAUGCCUCUUGUUCAGGGUUUUGCUAUGGCCAUGUUGUUGCUAUCAGUCAAGCCCUGGUUAGUAGCCAUUACAAAUCAUGGCAAAAAAUGGGGCAUUUCUGUAAAGAACCUC